AUGUCACGCAAUAACAGAGAAGAUGAUUGGCCACCUACCCUCAUCAAGCGACUCACAACAACUUUUUCGAGCCAGGCUGAAACCUCACCGCUAUACGUUUCGGUGCUUGUCCAUGAAGAAAGACAUCCGUUCGGUCGCGACACGCUCAGAAUUCUAGGUGUUUUCGAAUCGGUUUUCCUCGCGAACCAAAAGGCCAUAGAGAUACUCUUAUCCUUUGAAAAGCACAAAGACUGGUCGAACUUUGUUGAGCAGACACCCUCCAACCUUGGGCUCCUGGAGCAGGGUAGCAAGGUGAGGUGGGAGGUUUCUGAUUGGAGAGAACUGUCCUUGAUGGCUGUUAAUGGAAAGAGUGGUGAUAAAUACAAGGUCUAUGUCCAACAUCAGGUCAUUCAUAGGAGUCACGAGUCAACCGCCAGCGAGUACGAGGACACGGACGUUAAAAAUUGA